AUGUCCAAUCCAUCCAUCUUCAAGCCAACGCCUGGCUUUCUCCUAAAUCCUCCAUCCCUAUCAAAGAACAUUACUGACCUCCCAACCAUGAUCCAACCCAACAUCCAGUACAUCAAGAAUGACACAAGCAGCAUACAAACUAUGGAUACACGCGACGAUAACGGCUACAUGUACCUCUUCGACGACAAAGCUGAGCUCAACGAUUACGAGCACAAUGAAUCACACAAACUAAUUCUUCAUAAAAUUUUCCCAAAUAAACUCAAACCAAAGAAAGUUCAGGGCUAUCAAAUCAAAGAGAGCAAUAUGAAACUCUAUCACACUCUCACCUCCAUAUACCCAAUCGUUGAUGAGGAUAUCAACUACACUCCCGACUCUGCACUUCAAGGCUAUGACCAUAUGGAAAAAACACUGUGUCUGUAA